AUGAAAGAAAAAAAAGAAUGGCACCGAAUUGCUGGAAUAAUUUCCUCUUUGGGCUUUGCCAUAAGAUCUGCAGAAGAAGUAUCAAACAAAUGGCAGAAUAUAAAAAGAAUUGCAAAGGAAGAGGUGACAAGUGAAAAGCUGCAGAGACGCGAGUGUGGUAGGGGCUUGGCAAGUCUAAAGGUUGCAUCGGAGCAAUCACAGAGGAUUGUCUCUGUUCAUGGCAAUGCAAGCUUCAGCGGCAUAACAGGAGGGACGGACACUGACGAAAAUGAUGGUUUGAGCUAUAUUGCUAACAUCCCAUCAGUGGUCCCACAGGAGGGAGAGGAGCCCUCUGAUUUCGAGCCACCAUGCCCAACUGAAGUGAAACUGGACCCCUGCACCUCGAGCUUACGGGCAACGUUUGCAGGGAGAGCUUCUGUACCAAAGCGGAAGAAACCCCUAAGCGAGGAGGUUGCCGAGUGGCAAAUUCGUUUCUUCAAAUCUCAGGUGGCAUUGUCAGAGAAGAAGCAAAAGCUGGUUGAGACACAGCAACGGGUACUAGAGAAAUAUGAGAGGCGUAUGGACAACGAGGACGUUGACUCUUUCAUAAAAAGCCAAUUUUUCAAUUAAAUUAAAUUUAAUUGUAUUGUAUUGUAAAUAGAUAAAUGAUAUAUGUAAAAAUGAA